UGAGAGACAGAUCCACCCCCCUCUCUCUCCAAUCACACUGUACUUCUAUCCUUUCUUCUCUUCUCUAUCCUGCAUUUCUUUCUGUGAGAAGACCCUGCCGCAGGAGGAGGAAGGAAUGUGUGAGGACCCGCCGCGCCGUGCGCGCUCCCGAGCAGAGCACGUCGGGGGCGCGCGCCGGCGGAUUUAGUCUCCUCCGGUCAGACGCAGAAAGCGAGCGAUUAAUUUCGGGGUUACAUUUGUCUUUUUCUCCUUAUUAUUCUUAUUCUUGUCGGCGCGUAUUCGGCUCAUGGGACCAGCGCGCAGCGGAUCCCGAACAUCCGGGGACGCGGAUCGGCACCGGGAAUGAGCCUUUAGUCCCGACUACACAACUUUAUUCCGGUGUGUGUUGUGUUGUCGGCGCAGACCCCGUUAAUCGCGCGCGCAUGGAGCGAUCUGCAUCGCUGGAUAUCGAGGCGCUGAAGAUGACCCAGGAGCAGUAUAUUUUGGCGUCCCAGCCGAGCGCCCUGCAGAGGCCAGGUUGCCCUGCUCCAUACCCAGUGGGCAUCUAUGGUUGGCGUAAACGCUGCCUCUACUUCUUCAUCCUCCUCCUACUGGUCACCAUGAUUGUCAACCUUGCACUCACCAUCUGGAUCCUGAAGGUCAUGAAUUUCACAGUGGAUGGGAUGGGUAAUCUACGUGUCACCAAAGAAGGUGUGAGGUUAGAAGGUGUCUCCGAGUUCCUUCUUCCUCUCUACGUCAAAGAGAUUAAAUCAAGAUGGGACAGUCCACUGAUCCUGCAGUCAGACCGGAACGUGACGGUGAACGCGCGGAACGACCUCGGACAGCUUACAGGACAGCUCACUGUGGGAUCGGAGACGGUGGAGGCUCAGUGUCAGAGGUUCGAGGUCCGGAGCUCAGAUGGAGACAGAGUGCUGUUCUCCGCAGACGAGAACGAGGUCAGCAUCGGCACCGAGAAGCUUAGAGUGACAGGUAACGAGGGAGUCGUGUUUGCUCAUUCAGUUGAGACGCCACACAUUCGAGCAGAACCUUUUCAAGACCUAAAGUUGGAGUCUCCAACACGGACUCUGACGUUGGAAGCGCCGAAAGGUGUGGAGGUGAAUGCAGGAGUGGGGGAGUUCAGAGCGUCCUGCAGGAAAGAGCUCACUCUGGAGUCUUCUGAAGGGGAAAUCUUUCUCAAUGCCAAGUCCAUCCGCAUGCCCAAUCUUCCUCAUGGCAGCAUGGACCCGCUGCUCAGCCCGGGCACCAGCUACCCUAAACACACCGUGUACGAGGUGUGUGUGUGUCCGAGCGGCAAGCUCUACCUGUCCCCUGCUGACAGCGCCUCCACCUGCCAGACCUCCAACAGCGUGUGUUUAUGGAGCUGAGAGCGGCGUUGGGGCAACGCCCGACACCAGAAAGGCCUUCCUUUUCUUCCUCCUUCCCUCUUUCCUUUCUCAUUCUGUUCAUCUCUCUCCACCUUCACGUCAACAACAACUCCACUGAAUCUUAUUUACAGGGUGGAUUUGGUGUCACUUACAUGGAGUGUGUGUUUUCUUCUCAUUUAUUAUUCACACUUCAUUUUUUUUAUUUCAUUUUUUUUAUCCAUUCAUUUUUUUUCUUCUUUGUCAUUUACAUUCUUUUUCAUUCCCUGCUCAUUGUCCUUCCUUCUUUUCCGCGAUCCCUUAUCGCCUCCUUCCCUCUUUUCUUCCUUCAGGAAUUCAGGAAUCGGAACAAGCUCGGCUUGAUCGCGGCCUCAUCUGCCCAGUCUGUAAAUGGAGCAGAAACUGGUUUCGGAGCGUAUUUUCCCCUCUCUUGUUUUUUGGUACUCCUAUUUUUGUAUGCCCCUCUUCCCCAGUGGAGACUUAUGGGAAAAUUAGACACGAGGCCGGACCAGGCUAAUGAAAACGAGCACACACACACACAUGGCUUGUGCACGCUCGAGUGUGUGUGUGUGUGUGUUUUUCUAAAGAAGCGAUACACAGGUGCCUUUGCUGUUGUCGGAAAAGCACACGUUCACCCGCAACCAUCCUCCAGUCCCAGCAGAAAACACCGGCAAAAAGAGGAGCGCUAAUUAACGAACACUUCAAACAGGAAGGACACAUCCAAUGUAGUCCACUUCUGUCCUUUUCCUUUGGUUGGUUUUUUGGACUUCUCUCUUUUUGGGAACAAAGCACAAGAUUAUGCCAUGUAUAUAAGAAACUCAAUAAAUAAUAAUAAAAAGAUAAAGUUUAUUUUAAACAUUUUGUAUCCAAGAAUGUUUGAUGAUCUUUUUUUUUUUUAAAUCUUAUAAUUUUUGCCACCUUAAAAACAACUUUCGGUGUAUUUGUGUUUUGGAUUGUUGCAAAAAAGAUAUAAUUUUUAUUUUUUCUUAUCAUCGACAGACCAAAAUCCACACAUCGACAAUCCCGGGUAACGUUUCCUCUCUCCACUGAUCCUGUACACAUUUAAUAUGAUUGAAUACAAAUGAAACUCUUCUGUUCAGCUGAUUUUGGAUUGUAUCAUGGUUCAUAUAGUACAACUGUAUGAUCUAGUGUUUUACAUAGAGUUUUACAUAAAAAA